GAAAGCAGGCGAGCUUAGCCUUUAAAAGGAACGUUGUCUCUUCCGUUUACGACAUAUUACCGAAAUCUCUUAUAAUUUAAAAUCGGAAUCACUUGUACUCGCUUCCAACUCACGAGUCGACUCACUGCAAAAAAAAAAAUGAAUGAAAUGAUCUCCGGAGUGGGUGAUCCGGUGGCAACAGACGCAACAAAGGGCGGAGGAUCAGAUGCCUCUCGAAUUGCGGAAGUUAAGGCGUGGCUCGUGACUCAGUUUGAUGCUGCCGGCAAAGACGUCCCUGAUUUCGAAUACACCCCGCGAAGCAUUGCCUAUUUGUACAAUCUGGCUACCGUCUCCCAGGCCAAGACUCAAGCUGCCAACAUUGUUGCCAACGAUUUUCGCCAGAAAGCAGCCGAGUACCGUUCUCAAGCGGCACGGAUUAGAGAGAUAUUGGAGAAUGUGGGAUUAGCGCAGGAGAGUUUACCUUCAAAUGUGGUUGCGUCGGCGCAAGUUCUGGCUAAUGUAGCUAAUUUGUUGAAUAUUAGAGACACUGAACUUAGUAGUUUUCUUGUAGCAAUGGGUGAUAUUUCUUUGAGAAAAACUGGGGUAGAGGAGAAGAGGGCCAAAGUGCACAAAGAGUCCAAAACUCUUCUUGAGUAUACUAGAAAGGCGAUUGCAAGGCUAACCUAUCUGAAAAGGACGUUAGCGCAACUAGAAGAUGAUGUGUCUCCCUGUGAGGCUCAAAUGGAAAAUUGGAAGACGAACUUAGGAGUUAUGGCAUCAAAGGAGCGACAGUAUAUACAACAGUAUAACAACUACAAGGCAUUAUUGAAUCGUGUGGGCUACACACCGGAGAUUAACCAUGGGGUGUUGGUUGAAAUGGAUGAGCACAGAAAGGAUUUAGAGAAGAAGACCAAGCCCAUCCUAGAUACUUUGAGGAGCUACCAGGACCUGCCUCCUGAUAAAGCUUUGGCCGCUUUAGCAAUUGAGGACAAGAAAAGGCAGUAUGCUGCUGCUGAAAAAUAUCUUGAAGAUGUGUUGCAUUCAGCCCUUACUACAUCAGAUUGAUUGCCUUGAUAUAGUUUUUCGCUGUCUUGCUUCUUCAUAUCUUAUUUUAUUAUUAUUGGAGAACUUCUAAAAGGGUGAGUUUUCCCAGGUGAUUGAAGCCAAAAGAAGAAAGAUGCUGAGUUCUUAUUGAAUUUUAGUUUUUUUUCUCCUUAUUUUUUUAGUGUGUAUAGUAAUGUUCUAUCAAUGCAGACAGCGUCAUAAAUUGAUAUGUUUCUUUGUACUGCAACUCUUUCAUCAAGCAAAACUACCAUGAGAUUCAAGUUCUAAUGUGAUGUACCAGUUUCAAGUUGGUAUAUGUUU